UUUAUUUUUAGUAUGAGACAAACCUUGCUUUAUUUCAGGAGACACCAGUUGGAUUAUAAAUCCUUUUGUAAAUGUGUAUGGUGAUAUUUGCUCCGCUUUUUGCCAUCUUUGCAUUUGCAACAUGCGGUGGGUACUCUGGAGGGCUGCGCGUCAGUGUGGACUGUGCCAACAAGUCGGAGAGUGACCUCAACAUCGACAUAGCCUUCGCCUACCCUUUCAGGUUGCACGAGGUGAAUUUCGAUGUUCCCACCUGUGAAGGCAGGCGCCGAGAAAAGCUCUCCUUGAUCGGAGACUUCUCCUCCUCGGCAGAGUUCUUCGUCACCAUCGCAGUCUUCGCCUUCCUCUACUCACUGGCUGCCACUGUCGUCUAUAUCUUCUUCCAGAACAAGUACCGCGAGAACAACCGGGGGCCUCUAAUUGAUUUCAUUGUGACCGUGGUCUUCUCCUUCUUGUGGCUCGUGGGCUCAUCUGCUUGGGCCAAGGGACUGUCGGAUGUGAAAAUUGCGACGGAUCCCGAUGAAGUGCUAUUACUGAUGUCAGCCUGCAAACAGCAGUCCAACAAAUGCUUGCCUGUCCGCAGCCCGGUUAUGUCGAGCCUGAACACUUCGGUUGUCUUUGGAUUCUUGAACUUUAUCCUCUGGGCAGGCAACAUUUGGUUCGUCUUUAAGGAGACGGGUUGGCAUUCGUCGGGCCAGCGUCACCCUGCGGACACCAUGGAGAAGCAGUCCAGCAGCUACAGCCAGGGUGGCUACAACCAGGACAGCUACGGGCCCACGGGUGGCUACAACCAGCCCAGCACCUACGGCCAGGUGGGUGAGUAUGGCCAGCAGCAGGGCUACGGCCAGAGCGGCCCGACCUCCUUCGCUAACCAAAUCUAGCACAGCCCUCACGUGUAGAGAGUUUCGCAGGUCUCUUUCAACGGUGCCAGGUUUUUUCGGGGGGUCUAAAUCAAUACUACAACGUGAUGUUUCAUGUCAGCCGAAGAUCUCGAGGUGCCUCCAGAGGUGGCUGGUGAGCCGGAGGUGGCACCUCGUCCCUGCCUAGCCCGGUGCGGCAGACGUGCUCGUCACAGGUGGUGACCUGUGUUGCAGUAUGUACCGUAGAGAUAACCUUAUGGUAGUUUUGUAUAUGUAACGAUGGUAGAAGCAUUUUGUAGCCUCAAGUCUGUAGUAUUUAAUAUGCAUAGGAUAAUUGGAUUUCCUUCUGCAUUUUGGUGGAGAAAAAAAAAAGUGUUUUACUAUUAUUUCUACAGAUUAUUCUGUAUAUCCAUGCAUGUAACAUUGCUCCUAAAUUUUCAAAACUGCCUGUGUGUGACUCUUCAGAGCAUUUGUUUUGAUUAUAUCUUUUUUUUCAGAAGAUUUUGCUAUUAUUUCAAAUAACCGAGUCAUCCGUAGCUUAGUGCAUGGAUAAGCAGUUUCAUACUACCAAAUGUCUGGACGGUGUAAAUGGAAAUUCUCAACUUCUGCCGCUGCAUUUUGUUAAAUGUAUGUUUAAAAGAAGUAUGCAUCUUUUAUAUAUUUUGCAGAGUUGAACAUAUGGCUUACCCGAGUUCUGAAUGCUUUGUAACUAAAAUGUUUUUCCUUGAAAUGGCAUUCAGUAGUAUAUAUGGUACUUGACUGAUGUUUAUUCCAUUUAACUAAGCUAAGUAUUCAUGCUAUAAAUCACUAUUUCUAUGGAUGUUUUGUGAAUCUUUUAAUGUGAGCUGUGAAGAAUAAGGACCAAGUAACUGUGUUAUAUGUUUACAAAGGUAUUUAUUUAACUAAGAUAACAGAGGUGCAGAUAUCAGUACAGAAAACUAUGUGAAAACACCCCAUUGCUUAAUACGAAAAACAGGAAAAAAUGCAUGUAUUGUUAUUUUAUAAAGUCAAAAUAUUCCUUUAUAACCUCCUUUAAUAGAAGGAGGAGGAAAAAAGAGAAAAUCUUUCUAACCAUGCUGCUUAAGAUUUAUGAGAUAUCCCUCUGUCCCACUGCUGCCCUGAGUGCUAACUUGGUGCUGUCAGAGAAUGUAACCAGAUUGACCAAAUAGCCCAGGUUCAAAGGAAUUUAUCCUAAAACAGCUGAGCCAGGGCCAGCCUUGUAUCCCAUGAAGAUUUAUCCCUGGAGAUUUGAGCCCUCCCUUGCAACAACUUAGGGGCUGCAUUGCAGCGCUGUAUUUUAAAACACAAUUUAAAGCCUGAAGCACAAUAAACUAAUCAAAACUGAUCAUCUGCAUUUCUAAAUAAAAGUGUAU